AUGAAAUGCUUUCGGAUUGGCCGGAAGCCACCAGGACUUUGGGUUAAUAGAACACCUCCGAUAAGAGGUGGCGUUUUUACGAGGUGUGAGACAUCGACGUACGUGGAGACCGAAUACACGUCAGAAACCGAGCUGGCGGUUCCGACCGAUGAUAGCAGCAGCAGCCAGGAUUCCGACUUAGGCUCGUCGACACCUCUAAGCUCCGAGUACAGCGAUGUCGAUAUAAGCUGCGUUGAGCGCCCGGAUGUCUCGGAUGAGGACAAGGUGGUGGUCCCACCUCCCUGCAGAGCCCAGCUUCGUUUCUCCGCGGACGGAUACACGGAUUGGGCUGUACGCCAAGAGAUUGACAAGGACAGGGAGACCUACCCACCCGUAGAUCCCGUUGUGCAGCAAAAUAUCAUCCGAAGGUACCAGGUUCUUCACCGGCGGGUACACGAUGAGGGAUUCUACAAAUGCCAGUACUUGGAGUAUGGAAAAGAGAUGGCCCGUUACACGGUCCUGUUCUUGGCGUUCCUAACGGCCUUACGCCUUGAAUGGUACAUGACAUCGGCAAUCUUCCUAGGGUUAUUCUGGCAUCAAAUCAUGUUCACCGCGCACGAUGCGGGGCAUUUGGCGAUUACUCAGAUAUUCUUUGUGGAUACUCUAAUUGGCAUGUUCAUUGCUGAUUUCUGCUGCGGCUUGUCCAUCGGCUGGUGGAAGAGUAGCCACAACGUUCACCAUCUUCUCACAAACCAGCCGGACCAUGACCCAGAUAUUCAGAACAUUCCCCUAUUCGCCACCUCCCCGGCGUUUUUCAAGUCACUUCAUUCUACUUACUACGACUUCACCUUCGUUUGGAAUGCCGCGGCUGAGAUGUUGGUCAGCUACCAGCGUUACACCUAUUAUCCCGUGAUGGGCAUCGCGCGAUUCAAUCUCUACCUUCUCUCUUGGCUACAUGUGCUUUCUGCAAAGUCGUCUGCCCUCGGAAAGACCAGGGCGUGGUGGAUUCGCCCUACAGAAAUCGCUUUCAUGGCAUGCUACUGGUAUAUCUUUGGAUAUUGUCUGCUCUUACGCACCCUCCCAACAUGGACUAUUCGUGUGGCCUUUGUGCUCAUCUCCCACAUUGUCACCAUGCCUCUACAUGUCCAGAUCACUCUAUCCCACUGGGGAAUGUCCACUUCGGAGCUCGGCGAAUCCGAAUCUUUCCCCCAGCGACAACUACGCACGACGAUGGAUGUCGACUGUCCGGCUUGGCUCGACUUCAUCCACGGAGGUUUGCAGUUUCAGGCAGUCCACCAUCUUUUCCCUCGGGUACCACGCCAUAAUCUCCGCCGGCUUCAGACACUGAAAUAUAUGGCGGAGACGGGAGAAAGCGGCCUCCGCUAG